UUCAUAUUUGCCUCUCUUCUCCCCAACUCGACGAAAAUGGAAACCCGACCGUUGCGAACCUCUCUUCUCUUCUCUCCUCGCUUCCCUUCUCAAUCGGAUCCCCACAAUUUCCCUUCCCUCCCGAGAAUUUAUCAAUUCAUUUCCCCCAUUCCAUCGCUCCCCAAAAUUUCCCGAAAAACGGCAAAUCCGAAAAAAAGAAAAAAGGAAAAAACAGACAAAAUGCCGAUGACGGGAAGUUCGCCUGGAGCUCCGAAAUCGCUGUAGGAGUUUCUCUCAAUUUUUUUCCCCUCUAUUUUACGAAUCGAAUCGAUUUCUCCGGUUAUGGACAGUCGGUACGGGAGGCAGAGGAACAGCAGCUCGGUGACGUCGCCCCUGGCGUCACCGAUCCACCCGCGGCACGUUCGGACCGGAUCGGCCGGGGUCAAGAAAGCGCAAACCAAGGCCGCGGCGCAGAGGCUCGCUCAGGUGAUGUCGCACCAGCGGCCGGACGAUGACAACGAAGAGGAUGACGACGAGCCGAUCUUCGCCGGGGGAGGUCUCGGCAGCAUCGGACUCGCUGGAGGGAGGAAAGUCCAGCCGCGGUCUCCCAUGACGAGGCCUGUGGUUCAGAGCCGCGUGCCGGCGAGGGCGGCUGCCGUGGCGGCGUCUGAGGAGGGUAGUGAUAACGAAGAUGAUCACGCUCCGAUUUCUGGCUCGGUAUCCAUUGGCCGCGCUGUUGGAAGGUCAAUGCGAUCGCAAUCUCCAAUGCGGAAACCUGCAGCUCAGAGUCGUGUCCCGGUGAAGCCGCCCCAGCCAGUUGAUGAGGACAGUGAUAAGGAAGAUAGUUCUGCACCCGUAAUUGGUCGGGUCUCAAUUGGCCAUGCAGGUGCGAGAUCAGUGCGACCUCAAUCUCCCAUGGUGAUUGAUCUGUUACCUAUUAUGAAAGCAGCAGGUCAAAUUCGUAUGCCGGUGAAGACAUUCCAACCACAAAGUGAUAGGGAUAGUGAUAAGGAUGAUGAUCAGAGCCCCGUCAGUGAGAAAAUAUCCAUUGGUCACGGUGGUGGGAGGUCGAUGCAAGCACGCCCUUCCAUGGGCAGGCCUGUUGCUCAAAAUCGUGCACCCUUGAAGACAGCUGCACCAGUUGAUGACGACAGCGAUAAGGAUGAGAGUUAUAGUCCUGUAAGCGGUAGGGUGUCAAUUGGACAAGCUGGUGGAAGAUCAAUGCGAGGCCAAUCUCCAAUGGCAGUUCGUACCAGGCAAGACCAAUUGAACUCUAUCAAAAUAGGUCGGCCUUCUGUGUCUUCCGCCUCUGGGGAAUACCCAUCAACAUCACUUCACUCAGCUACAUCUGCUCCAGCAACUCAGAUCAACAAUGCCGUUGAACAGCAGCCUCUAUCUGCUCGUUCCCCGUUGGCCGCCCGAUCAUCCAUAAAUUCCACCGAACAACCUCCAUCAGCUCGUUCUACAUCUGGCCGCGCAGGUCCUCCAGGUAUUCGGAAGAUGCCUUCUAGUGUGCCUAUCUCACUUAGGCCGGUCUCUUCUAUGGUGUCACCUGAUCCUACAUCAGAUAAUUGGAAAGAACAAAGAUUGGGGAUGGAUGGGGGAAGUGCAAAAUUGAGUGAAACAAACAGUAAUCGGCCUGCAUCUGCAUUACAGGACGAGAUCGACAUGCUACAGGAGGAAAAUGAGAGUUUGCUUGACAAGCUUCGACUUGCAGAAGAGAGGCAGGAGGAAGCAGAAGCUAGAGUUCGUCAACUUGAGCAACAGGUUGCUAAUCUUGGAGAAGGUGUAAGCUUAGAAGCUCGCCUCAUAAACAGGCUAGUUUCAGCUGCUCUGAGAAUGGCAGAAGUAACAAAUAAAGCCGAAGAAAUUAACACCCUUAGGAUGGAAGCUGAGAGUGCUAAGGAGGAGGCAGCAGCCGCAUUUGAGCAGCUUCAAGAAGCUGCACUCGAGACCAAGUCGCUUCGCAAUAUGACUCAAAGAAUGGUGCUGACUCAAGAGGAGAUGGUUUGCCUUUCAUCCUAUCAUCUCUUUUGCCCCUCCCCUUCCGCUACCUGUUCAUGGUCGGUCCCGUUAUGUCAAGAUAGUAAUGUGAUUUGCAGUUUUUUCUUAGGAAGAGGUUGUUCUGAAGAGGUGUUGGCUUGCUCGGUAUUGGAGCUUAUGUGUCAACCAUGCACUUUUGCAGGCAUACAUGCAGAGAUUGCAGGAGCAAGAUAUGGGUACUGGUCAUCAUUUGCUCCUCUGCCUGUUGAAGUGGUAUUAGCUGCAGGACAGAGAGCUCAAGCGGAGGACUCAUUCAUUGGUAACGACGCAGAAGAAAGGGUGAGAGUGCUGCAAGGCACCCGUGAACUCUCUGGUGAAGGGAACAUUGAGAGCAUGGUCUUAGUCGAGAGAGGUCUGCGAGAAAUGGCUUCGUUAAAGGUUUACUUCUUAAAGCGUGGAGGACGCUUUAGCGCUUGCCCUGGCUCAACAACGACGUCCCAGUUCACUGAAAGCUGUGGGCGGAUAAGUGACUCGGUUUGCCUUGUCUCUUUAUCUGUUUCCUUUCCAUUCUUGCAAUACAAAUCCGGUGAAGAUGAAGUGAAACUACCCAGUGAAGGACAGUACGAAGCAUUUGAGUUGAGCCCAGAGGAGGCCGAUGAUGUGCUUUUCAAACAGGCUUGGCUAACAUAUUUCUGGAGAAGAGCCAAGGACCACGGGCUGGAGCAAGAAUUAGCAGAAGAGCGUCUAGUUUUCUGGACCAACCACGGUGGUCGUUCCUACUCGUCGCAGGAUGCAGUCGACGUGGAGCGUGGGCUUCAGGAGCUGAGGAAAUUAGGCCUUGAGAAUCAGCUGUGGCACGAGUCUCGCAAGGGGCUCGAUUUCGGGUCCAGCACCAGGGCACACAUGGAGACCGACUUCUGAGAUUUGAGAAUCAGCUUACAAGUAUCCAGUUUCAAAUCUACAGUCGAUCGAUCGAGAGAGCUCACACAAUGUCGAUAUUUAUAUGAGCGUGCUACAAGUUUUGCAGAAUUUUACGUUGUCUGUAUAGAUUGUGGUCUGUUUCGUGUACUAUUCUAGUUUGUGAGUCUUGUGGUGGACAUGCGCCAAAAAAAGCCACAAAUUGCCAACUCCAGGAAAUUGCCAGUUGGGGCAGUUCGUUCUCUUACUAUUAUUAAAUUUUUUUUGGGUAGAAAGUUCGUUCUCUUAUUAGUGUUAGUAACGUUGCCCAGUAAACGGGGUCUGAGCAAAGAGGUCUUUGGGUUUUCAUUUGUGGCGGCAGAAAAGUUACUUAGGGGAUGGAACACUUGGUACUUGCCAGAUGAUAGUAAGGUGAUUGUAUAAUAAGUAGUUUUUUUAUCUGCGCUCCACCGCGCUAAUAAAUAAAUAAAUUAUUUUAAUAAUAA